AUGCCACUGGUGUGGCAGCUAGGCCAGGACAUGUGGGCGAAUGACGAUGGACUGCUAGACGACAUAGUGAACUGCGUUGUCUCGGUUAGCACGGGCAGGCCGAACAUCCGAGGCAUAGACAAGUCGGCAUAUAAGUUUCUGUCCAAGACUUUGGAGGACCUCGUAACGGAAACGGAGGAAACAGCCGCCAAUUUCGCUACGGAGCAUCGGUCUCUCAUUCCUAAGAGUGGAGAGCAGAAGUACUUCAGAUUUAACGUCCUGGAUGGAUUGGAGAAUGUGGCCCUCGAUGAGCACGAAAAGGUCGACUUGAUUGAAGUUGCGACAUUCGAGUAUCUUGAGACGGAUCAGGCCAGACAGUUCGAACUGGAUCGUUGUUCAGAGCGGCUCAGCCAAAGGCAACUCAUAGAAUCAGACUCACUGCCAACGUCAGUGAACCGAGCUCCCGUUUAUCUUAGUGAAUGCAUCAGGACUCUGCUACGCCACGAUACGGCCGAGACAUCGAGUGGUGCGGGCUGGUUUAAACACUGGCGUCAGAACAUCAAAGACCCUUACGUCGGCAGCUUGAAAUGGAUGUGGCAAGACGACAGCGACAACGAUCUUAGCAAAUGGCUCACCGAAAAGAGCGGGAUGUGCUGGAUCAGAGGCAAACCUGGCUCCGGAAAGUCGGUAGCGAUGAAGCACCUGUUUACUGAGUACAAGAGAAAAAGGGGCGACGGCGAGAUUGUCAUCGGCUUCUUCUUCAACAAGCUUGGUAGCGACUUUGGGAAGAGUCUUGAGGGACUGCUUAGAGUUGUGCUGGCAAGGAUCCUCAAAUUGUAG